UUCGCGCACAUUCGCCGCGCGCGCAGUCACCUGUCGACCGCCGCUGAUCCCGCGCGUAAACAACCCAACAUGCUGCGCGAGCGCCUAACCGAUCGAUUCGAAAUUUGAAUUCUCGUUUUAGGCGUUUUUUUGGAAGUGAUUCGUGCCAGUGUUUUAUAGUGGGUUUUGAUGCAUCGUGAAAUACAGUGAUUUGUUUAUGUGAACUUUAGUUAAUAGAUUUAACAAACCCAGUGAUGACGAUGUGAUAUCUACUAGCACCGGACAAAAUAAGAGAUCGACAAAAUGUGCAGCAAAGAUCAGAUUAACCAUAUACUCGGGAAGAUCAAUGUGGGUCUGCCGUCGUGGUCGCGCGGGCUGGAGGCCGCAGAAGCAGCCCGCGCGCGCCUCGUGCGCUGGGCGUGCGGCGAGGCGCCCGAGGAGCCCCCGCGCAAGAAGAUGCCUCACGCGCUGCGCAAGCGGUGGCCGCUGUGCCCGUGUCUGCAGAAUGACGAGCCCCCAGAGAUCACAUACUGCGUGGUGGGCGGCACGGGCGGGCUGGCGCUCCAGGCCGUCACGCCCACCCAUCCCAUGCCGCCGCAAGACGAGCUCGACGCCAAGUUCGCCGAGCUGGUGGAAGAGCUGGACCUGACAGCAGUGAACAAAGCCGCCAUGAUGGAGCUACCAGCCGCGAAGAAAUGGCAGAUCUACUGCAGCCGACGGCCGCCGCCGGGCGUGGUCAUGCCAAUGGGAACAGCACCGCAAGUCGAGGAGUACAUCAAGGCGCUCAACGAGAUCGCUGACGCGUUCGCCUCAUCAGAAGGCCUAGUCGCACCAGAAUCCUGCGCGCUGCUCGACGGCUUGAAGACAGCACUCCGCACCCGCGCUCACAGCUUCGUACUGCGCUUUGUGAAGCAAGGCGGGCUGGGAGCCCUAUUAGAUGCCCUACAGCGGGCGCCCCGGGACGAUGCCAUCAACAGGCAUAACCUCAUUGCGGGCAUCAAGGCCCUGAUGAACAAUUCGACGGGCCGCGCACACGUACUCGCACACCCGACCAGCAUCGACCUGAUCGCGCAGUCACUGGAAACAGAAAACGUGAAGACCAAGGUCGCCGCUCUGGAGAUCCUCGGCGCCGUCUGCCUCGUGCCCGGUGGCCAUAAAAAGGUGCUAGAAGCAAUGGUCCACUACCAGAAGUACGCAGCGGAGCGCGCGCGUUUCCAGUCCAUCAUAAACGAACUGGACCGAAGUACCGGCGCCUACCGAGACGACCUCGGCCUCAAGACUGCUAUUAUGUCCUUCGUGAACGCUGUUCUUAAUUACGGUGCUGGAGAAGACAGCUUGGAGUUCCGACUGCACUUGAGAUACGAGUUCUUGAUGCUGGGUAUACAGCCUGUUAUCGAGAAACUCCGCAAAUACGAAAAUGAAACACUCGACCGGCACAUCGACUUCUUCGAAAUGAUCCGCAACGAGGAUGAGAAGGAACUCGCCAGGCGGUUCGACAAACAGCACGUCGAUACCAAGAGCGCUGGGACCAUGUUCGAGCUGCUGAGGAGGAAACUGAGUCAUACUGCGGCUUAUCCUCAUCUGCUGUCCAUGCUGGAGCAUAUGCUGCUACUGCCUUUGGAAUAUAACCCGCACACGCAACACUGGCUCCUUCUCGAUCGAGUGGUCCAACAAAUCGUCCUUCAGCAACCCAAUGCUGGCAGCCGCUCCACCAGCUCCCAGGAGACAGACCGGGACGACCGCAGCGAUAUCAACAAGGUGUACGAUCCGGACGUAGCGCCUCUCGAGAUAAACGUGACCGAGAUAGUCCAUCUCUUGGCCAAGGAAGAAGAGCUGGUCGCCGCCAGAACCAAAGCAGAAAACUUGGAGAAGGAAAAUGUCGAUCUCGCUACGGAGUUGGCUAAAAAGGAGAAGCAAGUGGACCAGCAGAGCCAGGAGCGCGAGGAGCUGGAGAACGUGGUGGCGCGCCUCAAGGAGAGGCUCGAGAGGGAGACGCACGCGCACAUGGAGAGCUCCGAGAGGGCCAGGCAUGCCGCCGUGAGGGCCACGCAACUUGAACAACAGUUGAAUCAAGAAAGAUCGGAACGCGCGAGGUUCGAGAAACUAGUCAGCGAGGGAAGCAUACCUGACGAUGCGAAGGUCAGCAACCUCAAGAGCGCCGUCAUCGAGACCUGCAGCGUCCCUCCCCCGCCACCCCCUCCCUCCCUCUGUCCCCCACCUCCGCCAGCCCCCCUGCCCCCUUCAGCCCCCAUCCCCCCCGCCCCACUAGCCCCCAUGCCCCCCAUGGCCCCUAAACCUAAGAAGAACGUGCCGACCCCCGGCAACCCCCUGAAGAGCUUCAACUGGAGCAAGCUGCCGGACACGAAGCUCCACGGAACGAUCUGGCAGGAGCUCGACGACACCAAGCUGUAUAAUGCUAUGGAUUUGAACACGAUCGAUAAGAUGUUCUGCGCUUACCAGAAGAAUGGAGUGCAGAAUGAGGGUUCAGUAGAAGAUCUGAGACAACUAGGUUCUAAACCGCGCACGAAGAUCCUGUCAGUCAUCGACGGUCGCCGCGCGCAGAACUGCACCAUCCUGCUGUCCAAACUAAAGAUGUCUGACGAGGAGAUAUGCCGAGCGAUCCUGCGUAUGGACAGCGGUGAGCAGCUACCCAUCGACAUGGUGGAGCAGCUGGCCAAGUUCACGCCGAGCGCGGAGGAAGCAGCACUACUGGAGGAGCAUCAGGACGAGCUGGACAACAUGGCGCGUGCCGACCGCUUCCUCUAUGAGAUCUCCAAGAUCCCCCACUACUCGCAGCGCGUGCGCACGCUGCUGUUCAAGAAGAAGUUCUCCGCGGCGGCGGCCGAGGCCUCCUCCCGCGCCUCCACCGUGCUGCGCGCCGCCCGCGAGAUGACCAGGUCGCGCCGGCUGCGAGCGCUGCUGGAAGUCGUGCUAGCUCUGGGGAACUACAUGAACCGUGGAGCGCGCGGCAACGCGUCGGGUUUCCGGCUGUCGUCGCUCAACAAGCUGGCCGACACCAAGUCCAGCGUCACGCGCAACACCACGCUGCUGCAUUACCUCGUGGAGCUGCUGGAGACACAGUUCAAGGAUAUCCUACUGCUGGAGGAGGACCUGCCGCACGUGCGCGCGGCCGCCAAGAUCUGCGUCGAGCAGCUCGACAAGGACGUCGGCGCGCUGCGGACCGGCCUCAGGGAGGUACAACGCGAGGUGGAGUACCACCUGUCGCUGCCUGCGCCGGCGCCGAGCGACGCCUUCCUGCCCGUCAUGCGCGACUUCCACGCGCACGCCGUCUGCUCCUUCACGCAGCUCGAGGACCUCUUCCAGGACAUGAAGAGCCGGCUGGAAGCGUGUGCGCACGCGUUCGGCGAGGAGACCAGCGCGUCUCCAGAACAGCUGUUCGGAGCCCUCGACCAGUUCCUCACGCAGCUGGUGGAAGCCCGGGCUGAGUGCGACGCGCAGCGCCGCCGCCGAGAUGAAGAGGAGCGUCGCACCAGGCACGAGCAGGAGCUCAAAAAACGCACGAUGGAGCGCAAACAAGCCUCCAGCCUGCUCGGCUCCGUCGGCAAGUCCCUCGGCAAGGCCAACGGAGACUGCAACGGGCACAGCGACUCCUCUCGGGACUCCACACUCACCAACGGGCAGAAAGGCGAGUUCGAUGACCUCAUCUCCGCGCUACGGACGGGCGAUGUCUUCGGGGAUGAUGUGGCCAAGUUUAAAAGGUCUAGAAAGACUUCCAAAGCGCAGAAAGGACGAGAUUCACCGCCUAGAGGCGUGUGUAGAGAGGAGUCGAGAGAGAGAACUAAGAACUGAAAUUAACAGGGGGCCUAAAGAAGUGAAGUGUUUAAAGAAAACGACAAAAUUUAUCUCAAAACCUCUAAGUUCCAACGCAUUUUGACUUUUCAUAUGGAUAGUUUGUAUGAAACCGCGUCCAUCGGACUUAGAGAUAAGCUUUCUACCAACGAUACCGCGACCGCGGGACUCGAAGGAAGAUAAAUAUGCUUGGGACUGAUUGGUUUGACUUUUCCUCGCAUCUAUCAUUUACAUUUUGAAUUUUCGAUUGAAGUUUGUCAAUAAAUGAUUGUCAGUGAUUACGGCCUCAGAAUGGUACUAAUGCGUGUGAAAAAGUGGCGUUUUGAUAGAAUAGCGCCUUUUCGAGAUUUGGCAUUUCUACGUGAAAAGAAAUUAUGCCGAAGUAAAGCUUUGACGCUCCGCCACUGGCGUGAAGAGGAUUUUACUUUUUAGAACAAGAAUUAAACGGGUGGAUCAAUUUAUUUAUUAUUGUCAUUCUGACUGGUCAGCCAGAAGAAAUAAUAGCACUGUUUGAUAGAAAAAAACUGUACCAUGUUAUACCACAGAAUAAAUAAUAGUACUCAGUAGGUACGGCCCAUUAUGGAAAGGGAUCAAAAUUAUCACUAAAGUGUACCUUAUACAAGGGUUUUAAGAGUGGUAUGGAAACGAAUGACAAGAAGGAUUCAUCCAAAAGUUGGAUUUGGGAUCAGUAAAGAGAGCAUUUAGUAACUGGAGACGCCUUCUCUGUCAUUUUCUGUACAAAACAGUCUGCAGUCGGAGGGGCAUGUCAAAUGUAUAGCUAUUUGUACGUAACGUAGCCAUGUCAGACGAACGUUAGUCCAUACAAAAGUUUGCACAAUUGUACAGGCAGAGGGGUAAGCCCAUAAAGGCGACUCCCGUUAUUGAAUGCUCUAAAGGCGGUAUUCCGUCUGUCCAAUAUCUUGGUCUAAUGCCUCAUUCUCUCACUAAGAAAAAUGUGAGACAAAAUAAUGGUAUACCACCCUGAGCUCAAGUAGUGACAAGUGUAAAUAAGGUUAACCAAGCGUACGGGAAGUGGAUAAGUGUGUUUUGAAGGUCGCCGGUGUGACAACGAAAUGUGAAAUCCGAUGCCAUUUUAUUCUCUAAUCUAUUCGGUGCCUAAUUUUGAAUUACGAACAAUUUCAAUUUUGAAUUUGGAACGGUCUCAUUGUCUCUUCCAACGCGAACUGAACGAAGACUGUACGUUAUUCCGUAGACUUUGAUUUUAGAACGUUAACUAUAAGCGUUUGUGUGAUUUGAAUAACCAUAGAGUAGCGUAUUGUUUUUUUUUACUCGAAUUUUAUAAGUAUUUACAGUUGUAAUGGAACUCUAUCUAGUGGGGACGCUGGGCACAAAAGAAUUCGUUCAUUGACCCCGCCUGUUUCUAUCUCUAUCACACGCGUACACUUAUAUUGCUGUCCCGCUCGCACAGUGCCAUUGACCGCCGCCAUCAUGGGGGGGACAGCAUAUAAUUACGCGAGUGAUAGAGAUAGGAACAAGCGGGACAAUUUACGAAAUUCUUCGCGCUUAGCGUCCUUACUUUACAUCUACCGUCAGUUUUGUGACUCACGGUUGGAGAAAUAUAUCCUAGACCACUUUUGGCUUGCAUUUUAAUCUAUAUUUAGAUUUAGGCCAUUUUCAUUAAUCUUUAGCGUAAGAAACAUAUUGAUUUCUCCAACUGUCAGAUCACUGUAACCCCAUGUAAAGUAAGGACGCCAAGCACGUAGAAUUCCGUACAUUGACAUGCCAUUAUCUACCUCUACUGCACGCGCAUAAUUAAUUAUAUACAUUGCUGUCCAGCCGAUGAUACCGGAGGUCAACGUCACUGUCUGAGCGGGACGGCAAUAUAAUUACGCGCGUGUGAUAGAGAUAGGAAAUGGCGUAUCAAUGUACGAUAUUCUUCGUGCUUCGCGUCCAUAUUUAGCCUAAUUAUUACAGUAUUUUAACAUAUCUUUGUGGAAUUUUGGACAAGUAUUGCUUAUUCUCUAUCUGUGACUGUUAGGGAAUUGACCGUAUGCAAAGAUUCUUUGAUUGUAUAAGAUAAAUAAAGUCUAAAAAUCCGUACUUCGGUUUGACAGCUAAUAAUGUAGAUGGCGCUACAUGGCUAUGUUGUUAAUCUAAUGUUAGACUAUUAAGUUACCACAAAAAAGUCAUGCAGCGCCAUCUAUUUCUACUGCCAAACUUGUGAAGAUUUUUCAUACUUUACAUAUCUUUUACGAUAAAUAACUCUGUCGUAUGCUUCAUGUAUGUAACUGGGAAUCCUAAAUAUAGGAAUUGACUGUAUAAUAUGCCGAUAAGGUUUUGACAUUUUAAUACUUUGAUAACGAAGUUUUGGAUACCUUUACAAAGCACCACAAACAUUUGUGACGUUCCACGGUAAAGGGUACGUAUGGUGGUUGGCGCUUACACUAUUAUUAACGCCGCUCUAUUGCGGUGCUAUGCGACGUAAGCGCCAGCCGCCAUGAGGUCCCUUUUCCCGUGGAGCGUCACGUUUUAAUUUAAUUUAAUUCUGAUCCGUUGUAAAUAUAAUUUUAAUUUAUCAAAAUUUGUUGAGAUUUUAAUAAGUUAUUUAUUAAAAUGCGUAUCUAUGAGAGUUUAAUUGUAAAUUUUAUGUUUCGUUCACUAUUUCUUAAGCGUAUAGCUGUGCAUGCAACCAGGCGUCUUCUCUCAAAUGUUCCCAAGCCGAAAUAUACUUUAAACGUAACCAUUUAAAGUCUAUUUUGCUGCUAACAUUUGGUGCGAGAUGUAAUGAUACGUGUUGUUGAUUGUACAUUAAUAUAUUGUACCUUAAUAUAAACACUAUUUAAUAAAAACUUGAAACACUAA